AUGCUAUUAUUCAUUUAUUUAAUCCUUCCUACUUUGAACAAAGCAUUAUAAUCCUAUUUUGUUAAGUUUGGUGAAGUUUAGACAUUAUUUGAAGUAAAGGAUGCUUUGGAUGCUUAACUUCUUUAGAUCGAGUAUUGAUUAAAAUUAACCUAGUGACAAUAAUAAAAUAAUCAAUAACUUAUAGUUUUGUUAUCUAUCAAAUCGAACAUUAUUAACAGAAGGAUAAACAUUUUAAUUACCAUCUGACUAAUUCAAAAAUGAUUCAUUACCUGAAGAUUCUGAUUUCUUGAUUGAUAUGGUGAUCCUAGGUCAUAGUGAAAUUUAUGGAUUAACAAUAAAUAAUCGUCUAUUUCAUAUUAGUUUAAUAAAUGAAAUCACAAAAGUUUAUGAUCUUAACAUUAUACAUGAAUAAAUUUCACUGCCUUAACUUAUUGGAUCUUCUGAAUAUUUUAUUUUAGCUUAUCCUAACUAUGCUCAUUAUUUAGAUUUUAGAAAUCUAUAAAAUCAAGGAAAUAUUCAGAAUUGGUAAAGUAGAUAAAGUAGAUAUUAUUCACAAAUUAUUGAUUGUUAUUUAUUUUCAGUUAUUGGAUUAGAUGGAUUAGAAAUUUAUUUUGUAAAUCAAGAUUAUUAGUCUUAUACUUUAGAUAAAUAAUCUAUUGGUUUAUAAGCUGUUGAUUUUAGAGAUUUUUCUAUUUCAAAAUUAAAGGAAAUGAAUUAUUUACUUUAUAUACUUUGUAAAAUAAAUGGUAUUAUUGUUAUUGAUUUGACAAUUUAAAAUGAAAAAGUAUUGAGUAAAUUACUUUUGAAGAAUAUAGGUCCUAAAACUGAUGGAAUUGCUAUAACUAUAAAUAAUGAUGAUUUUGUCUUUGUUGCCUAUAAAACAAAAAAUCAAUAUUAUGUAAUCUAAUUCAAUAUUGAAUUUAUGAAUAAAAAGUGGGGUUCUGUAGCUAGAUUCAAUAUUUCUAAUAAAAUUGUUGAUAUUGGAGUUAAUGAGAAAUUUAUCUUAGUUCAAGGAUUUCAUACUCAUUUUCUUAUUUAUUAUUAGGAUAAAGAAAAUGCAAUACCUUUUUAAUUAACUUCUGUUAAAUAAUUUGUUUUAGCUGGUGAUUAUAUUUAUGGUACUACAUCCAAAUAUUUAUUUUAAUUUCAACCAAAAAUUUAGCCAUAUUAAAUUAAGUGCUUUAUUGAGAGUAUAAUAAUUUUAUGAUAAUUUUAGCUGAUUCAAAAUAGAUUGAAAUAAAGUAUAAAUUAAUAUAUAGAACAAAUUAAGGUUAGAAAUCAAGAGAAUUUAAAGUUCACUUUAAUUAAAAACCCUUUAUCAUUCCAAUUUAUUAUUUAUUUUUUAUAUUAUUGGUAUUUCUUAUAUCAAUUCUUUUUUAUAUAGCAUAUCGUUAAUAUAAAAAUUAAAGAGAAAAAUUGGUUGAAAGUUAAUAACUUGAAUUAAAGAUUCGAAAAUUACCUUAAAAUCGAGCUUCAAAAUUAUUAAUGCCUCAUACAUUUAGAAUGGUUUAAACAAAUAUUGAAACUAGAAUUAAUACUAUAAAUUUUGGAGAUGAAGAUACAAUAUUAUAAAAGGAUUAGAAGAUAUUUUGA